CACUACUUCGUCCCGGACGCAACGCCACAAGCGUGAUUUUUAGAUGAGAAAUGUGAUAAAAAGGAGUUCUGUGAAAUGGCAGAAAAAGAUUUACUGAAAUGGAACACAUUUUUUAACAAUGCUGGCAUUCCAAAAGGACCAGCUUCGAAGUAUUCAGCGUUGUUCUGUAAUCAUCGCAUCAAGGAUGACCUUCUUGGUGAUUUAACCAAGGAAAUAUUGAACGACAUCGGUAUUACUGUGAUGGGUGAUGUAAUGUCUAUAUUGAAGCAUUCCAAAGUAGUUCAUGCAAAGCUUGAAAGGGAGAAAUCAUCCAAUCAGCUGAUGCAAGAUUCCGAUGUACCUUCUGUAAAUAAGAUUGAAGUUCCUUUGUCCGUUAAAAAGAAAAAGAUACCAAUAAAGGGACCAGUUAAGGUGAGGACAGAGGUGCAACCAGCAGCUACCAAGUCCUCUUCUCACCUAAAAAUUUUUCCCAAUGCAAAGAAAACAUUAAAAGGCAAUGAUUCAUCUGUGACAUCAAACAAGAAAACGGCAAAUGUAGGAAUGUCUUUAUCUGACAGAUUUGCCAUGAAGGCAAAACAUGGGUCAGUUAGAAUUGAUUCUUCUGGAAAUCUUGAAAUCAAUAGACAUAAGAAGCAACAACUUGAAGGCCUAAAUUUAGAAGAGAAAGUACAAACUAAUGCUUCAAGUAAACGAAAGUCAGCCUUUGAACGGCUAGGUGAUGAAGAGACAAUGUCUAAAGAUAUGAAUUCAUUUUCUCAUAAAAUAAAAGUGGCCAAGCUUGGUACUUCCACGAAAUCACCACCUAGUAAAAUUGUAUCAUUAACCAAGAAUCAAACUUCAGUGUUCAAAAGAUUGGGACAAAGCAGUCAAUCUGCAGUAAACAAAAUGAAAUCAACGCAAAGUGAUUCCCUUGCAAUUAGGACAUUGAACGGUUCACCCAUCAUGCAUAGCAAGAAAACAUCUACCACUAUUAGCAAUCGAGUUUUACCACCCCUUAAACCAAUCCGUGCUGUACAGCCAGUAAAACCUAUUUCCUCAUCUAAUGUAUCAAGCCGAAAAUCAGUGUUUGAUAGACUUGGUAGACAGACAUAAAUUUUUAUAAAGAUUGGUAAAGAAAUUCUACCCACAUAAAAAUACUGGUUUUACCUUUUAAAAAUCAUUAAACAUUUCUAUUUUAAAUCUA